CAACGAGACUCAGGGAAGAGAACCCCUUCAUCCCUUCUUCCAAUAUGUCAGAGAGAAAAACUGCCCAAGACCUCGCGACAACGAUAAACUGAGAAGAACUCACUGUCUUCGUUUUUACUUUCUUGUUCUACUUUUUCCAUCCUCGUCUUUGUCUUCUCCACCAUUUCCUCCAUGGAUCCCAGUAAAACUGAGGACGAUCUCUUUCUGAAUCAUCAUCCCCAUGAUCUGGAUCCUUCUUCCUCUAUUCUUUCUCACCAAAACCACAUUCACCCUUCCGACGACCCUUCUUUUUCUCUUCCUGAAAUCGUUCUCUUUCGCUCAUCUUGCUCUGAGUCUCCGAGUCAUUCCUCCCCUGACUCUCCCACUCACUCACCGAGUCGUGUUCCGGGCUCUUCUUCUCCUAAAAACCCAUCUCACCAACCCCUCUUUAUCAGUCCAGAACCCCAUAUCUCCUCCCAAUUUUACACCUUCAAUCCUGAGUCACAUGCCCUUAUGAUCCGCUGUAUCCUCGAGCACCGGCUCGCCACUCCCGCGGAGAUCCGUAGUGCCACCCCUCGAGCCGUCCUCAAGUCAUGGCGUGCCGUGUGGAAGGAUCGAAAUGAGGAGACGGCGUACUUGACGGCUUGGAAGCGCAUUCAAGACAAGCUCACGGCUCAUGUUGAUGAGAACGGUAAUGAAUUUCUAUGUUUCAAGAACAAUUCUCAGCAAUUCGUUUCACACAUUAAUCAAUGGCAAGACAUAGUUAUGAGUUUUCAUGGCGAUACCGAUUUAAAACACUUGGGACUUAAGGAAACCAUAGAGAGAAUUAAGCAAGUUUGGACCGUAGGUGCCAAAUUUUAUGGAAUUCCUGAAAGUUACAUUAGGGUUUGUGUUGCUGCAUGCCCGGUGUGUUCUGCAGCUUCAUCUGGAUCUGGAGCGAGAAGUAAGCGAAGGAGGUUUGAGUAUACUGAAUCUUUUGAUGUGCCCGCUAAAGAGGUUCCUGAUAAACUUCAACAGUUGGCUGUGAAGCAUAAGGUGGUGCUUUGCAUACGGCAGAAGUAUAUUAGGUAUAAGCCUUUCAUGGCUGAGGUAAAGGAUUACGCUUGUCAUAGAGCAGGAGAGCCAGCUGCCAAGAAAUCAAAGCUUCUGAAAAGGGAACCAUAUGCUUCAAAGCGCUGUGGGUGUGGGUUUCGUAUAAGGGCUAUCGUGCCCAUUGCAAAUUAUAAUGAGAAAGAUAAGACUUUUGUGUAUCAAGAAGAGGGGAAGGCAGUGUUUAAGCUGUAUGCAGUGCAUUCUGGGCAUGAGCCAGGGCCAUUGGAUGGUAAUGCCAGGAUUAUGCAUCGGGUUGUUGGCCAUAAAGGAGGCUAUCAUAUGGAUCAAGAGACAGUAUUUGGGGUGAGAGAUGACAUGGAAAAUGAUGCUUUUGGGUUGAUAGGGAAGGAUAAAGGAGAUUUGCGUUAUUCUGUUUUGCAGCAGGUGCAGGAAUUGAAAGCUGAAGUUGGGAUGUUGGAAGGGAAAGUUUCGAAAGUCCCACAUGAGUUAUUGGGUUUGGUCUCUCAAGAAUUGUUUGAUGUUGUGAACAGAAUUAGAAAUCUAGGUGUGGGUUUGAAGCCAAUUGGAUUGCUUUCUGACAAAGAACAUACAGAUGAUGUUUUGGUUGGCGAUAAUGAUUUGACAAAUUGGAAUCAUCAUCAUCAUGAAAGGAUUUAUGGGGAUGGCAAAGAUACAGAAUUGAUUGAGGAUGAUGAAGACAGUUUUGGCCGCACUCUAGGAGAAGUUAUAUCUUGGGACCAGAUGAGGACAGAUUGUAGAAGUCAGAAAGAUCUAAUGAGUGAACCUUGUAAGCCUGAAAAGUGGUUGAAAUGCAGUGAUUUUGAUGAAAAGAGCAUGCUUGAUUGUGAGGAAACUAAACUAACCAAGCCUGUCCAACAUGAUGAGGCUAUUGUGUCUGAUGUUGGUCUUGGCUGUAUACAGGUUGAUAGUUUCUACCCAGAACAUUCUAAGUGGUAUGAUUCUCCAUGUAGUUUGGAUCCUGGUGCAGAUUGUGGGGAUAGUGGAUUCCGUCAUGAGGAGAUUUUGUAGAGCCUUCAACAUCUGAAGUUCAUCCACUCUAACUUAGUAAUCAAUUUAUGUUGUGCCUAUUUCCCCUUCAAACAGAUGAAAGUGGGAUUGUACAUUUAUGUAUACGGAAGGUUGGAGCUGUAUGCCUGGAAGUUUAGGUGUAUUUACUGCCUGUGGUCCUGUAAAGUAUAACCAACCAUGCUUCUCUUGCAUAUAUCUUCAUUAUGACUAAAUUUGUUAACCAAGAUCUUGGUCUUCAGAGUUUCUAGCCUGGUCCUUUGUAUAAUGAACAUCAGUGUUUUCUGUAAUUCAUUUUGAAACUCAGAGAUUCUUGUAUGUAUUAAUGAGCAGCCAUUGGCUUUUUAUCCCUACAUUCAUGUAUUGCAUGAAUGUCUUAUGUGGCGUGUAUCUAGGAUCCUCACUAUUCAUUUGGAAUACGUAUUUCAACUUUUUAUUAUAUGUACAGAGAUGUUUUGAGUCCACUCAGGCCUGCAUCCCUUUUAAAGGAAUGUGAUCCUCAAGGAUUUUGGUAUUUGAUCAUCAUUUUCUUCCAGUUAUUUUAUUACUAUGAAUAUAAGUGGUCUGCACUCUACAAUAUGCCAUCUUCCAGUUAUUCGAUCAUCAAUUUGCUGUAUCUGUAGUAACAUGCGUAGCUGCUUGUAGUUGUUCAUGCUGACAAUUGCUCUUGUAUUGAUUUGUAUAUACUUGAUUAGAAUUUUCUGGCUUAGGAUAUGUCUUUUAAUGGAUUUUGGUGAACUUUUAUGCUGAAAACAAGAUGGAGCGUUUGUUAUAGUUUGGAAGACUCUUUGUUGUUCUUCAACUCGUUUGCUGUGAUGUGUUUAUACCAAAGAGAUCUUGAACUGAACUUUAAUAUCUUCUCUAGAUGAAACUGAUAAUGGCAAAGGUAUAUUUGCAGUUUAUGUUUGAAGGCCAGUUGACAGCUUUUUCUAGUGGUUUAGUGUGAGAGUGUAUACAAACAGAAUUUCAGAAUUAAGAGAAAAGGAAAACUCAGCUCUAAUCUUAUACAGGCAUUUGAAGCAUUGGUGCAGAAUUUUGAUAUAGGAUUGACUUUCUCUGGAUCUAAAGCUUCCCUAUGGAUUUCUUCCUUGAUUGAAGGCUGGAAAGCAUUUUUAUCUUCUAAGAUAAUUGCUUUUAAUUUGUAUAUUGCUGUGUUUUUGGUCUAAUGUUGUUAAAGGCACAGAACAGCCUCAUCACCUCUUGUGUGAAGAGCUGAUGGGUUCACUUAGGUGCAUUUCUCAAGUAAAAGGCGCGUGCCUUUUGGCGCCUGGUUGCAAUAUCCCAUAGAAAAGUAGGGAAGGUGCCAAUUUCUAACUUUUGAGGUUGAUGUAGAGAAAGGAUUUGGCCAAUGAAGCUUCUGUCAACAUGUCGAUGUGUGAAUUUGUCAAAGUGGACUCUAGGUGGCCUGCCGGUCGCUGACUUGUUCAUCGUGAAGAGACGAAGUUACGAUCACAAAAUACAAAAAUGGUAACAAGAUACAUGUGACCUGUGUGGAAGCUGUCUGAAUAAUUUACCCUUUUACUCGUUUUCUUUAUGUGUGUGUGUGUGGCUGUGUUAAGAGUUGUGCAUUGUUUUCUAUCUGACCUGCAUUAGUUAACCAUUUGGUGAUUGGUUGUUCAUGAAGACUAUUUCUCUGCCUGAACCAUACCUAUAUAGAGCCUGUGGCAGUUAUGAUUCAAAGAAGAUUUAUACCUUUUUUUUUUUAUGAACCCAGUGGAAAAAUUUGAGAAA